UAUUUGAAAUAUGGCUCAAAGUGACUUCCUCUACCCAGAUAACCCAAAAAGGCGACAAGAAGUAAAUCGUCUUCACCAGGAGCUCCUUGACUGCUUAUCUGACAGCUUCCAUGCCACCAAUAAGCUGAUUGGGGUUUUAAAUACACACUUAGGGUGCAGGCUGGCCUCCAUUGAAAUGAAAAGAGAUGCGACCAUCAAAGAAAACUGUGAUAUCAUCAUCCAAGCCAUGAUGAAAAUCCAAAAAGAAUUGCAAAAUGUUGAUGAAGCACUAAAAGAUAAACUAGAGCCAACCCUUUAUAGAAAACUUCAGGAUAUUAAGGAAAAAGAAACCGAGAAAAUUGCAAUAGUACAAAAGGUUAUUUCAGUCAUCCUGGGAGAAGCUACUUCUGCUGCCAGUGCAGUGGCUGUUAAACUCGUGGGCUCAAACAUCACAACUGGCAUAAUUAACAAGUUGGUCACUGUGUUAGCUCAAAUUGGUGCUUCUCUCCUUGGUAGCAUAGGAGUUGCUGUUCUUGGCCUUGGCAUAGAUAUGAUCUUCCGUGCCAUCCUGGGAGCAGUGGAGAAAACACAGCUUCAAGAAGCCAUCAAAAGUUAUGAGAAGCAUCUGGUGGAAUUCAAGUCAGCCUCAGAAAAAUAUCAUCAUGCCAUUAUUGAGGUCACCAACACAGUGAAACAACAAAUGAAAUAAACAGUUACUUUAUUUGCCACUGGAAUAUUUUUCUGCUUCUUUCCCAAUAAUAGUGUUUUGCUUCUUUGAUUAGGCUUAUUUUCCAUAAGCUUCCAAAUAGACAUAAAUACCAUAAACAACUCAGAAAGAGGACUCAAAGAUGCUAAAACUAGAUGACUCUAGAGAGUCUUCUAUCAAUGAUGAAUGUCUGGAUCAGUUGGUGCUAGACCCUGUGAGUAAAAGAUUACAUCCUGGUAUGUCUUCUCACUGUGCUCUACAGAUCAACAUUAGGGUGAAUGCUAUUGUAGAGCAGCAGGUGUAGGGGUUACCUUUUCCUUUUCUAAUUCCCAGUCAAAAUCCUUCAAAUUUGCAUUGAAUGCACAGACUUUCACUUCUACCACCAGCUCAGACAUCAUUUAGUUCUAAGGGACAUACUUAGUAACUUCUGCCCACAUGCAAACACUAAGCCUUCCAAUGGAAUAGAAAUACUACCGUAAUUUUGACCAUCAGUUUAAAUCCAAUUUUCUGUAAGUUGGAAGAGACUGAAAUAUGGUUUGUAGCAAUUUAUGUCAACGAUGAAAGGAGGCAAUCGUUCUGUAAACUUCUACUAAUUACACACUGUAAUCUGGAUGGAACUUUAAAGAGGGAAAAGUUAAAACUAUAAAAGAUAAAAGUUGUUUCUAUAGUUGCAAUCAACCCUGACCAACUGUGAUGUGAUGAUUAAAUAUCCCUCAAGUGAAUGUCUGAACACUUUGGAACAUUUUCAAAACAAGCAAACAAGCAAAGCCCAGGUAUAUAAAUGAAUUUAGUAUGCAGGAGAAGAAACUGCUACUUACUGUUUUAAGAAUUGUCAUUUAAAGGAAAGUUGUAAUUUAUUACUUUAUGAGUUUUUAAAAAAGCGAAAUUUUAUUUUCAAUACUAGCAGAAAGCUUCCCUUGCUAUAUAAAACUUUAGGUGAUCCAUUUCAUUAAUUAUCUAAUUUCAGGAAAAUCCCAAGGCUACAGAGGUCUAAUGGUUCAGUUGAAUUUCUGAAGAUGCCAAGUGUUUGUUUUCUAAAUACUUCACCAACCAAUUACUCCCCAUUGAGACUCCUAGGUUCUACUUACAAAUUUAUUUUAAAAGUCAUUCAUGUUGACAAAGCGAGAGAGUGGCAUGGACAUAUAUACACUACCAAACGUAAAAUAGCUAGUGGGAAGCAGCCGCAUGGCACAGGGAGAUCAGCUCAGUGC